AAAUUUUGGGCCGUCCUUUGAACACUCUGCAUUUGGAAGAGGCCACCUUUGUACUACGGAGCUGUUGUUUGAGGCUUAUUCGAUAUUAGUACGGGGAUGCAACUGCUACAGAGUUUGUUUGUAUACAGUCUUGCUUUAUUUUAUGGUCUACUAGUCUGUUUACGACUAUUAUGGCACACCAUUCGAAACUUUAGGAUUCCGCCGGGGCCUAAGAAAAGAGAAACCCCUCCUGCAUGCCUUCUCGACCCUGAGCUUGGAGAACACAACUUCCUAAGAACAGCUUCUAAUUUACGAAUCCAUUAUGUGGCUAAAGGCGAUCCAAGCAAGCCACUGAUGUUGUGUCUACAUGGAUUCCCUGAGUUUUGGUAUUCCUGGCGAUAUCAGUUGAAGGCUUUCAGUGAUAACUACAGGGUGGUGGCUGUGGAUAUGAGGGGAUAUGGAGAAAGUGAUCAUCCUGAGGGACGAGACCAGUACAAGAUGUCAUACUUGGUAAAUGACGUCAAAGAAAUGGUAGCAGCUCUGGGAUACAAGUCGUGUGUGUUGCUGGCCCAUGAUUGGGGAGGCGGUAUUGCAUGGAGUGUUACCCACAUAUAUCCAGAGCUAGUGGACAAGCUGAUUGUAUGCAACAUUCCACACCCAAAGUGCUUUGGAAAGCGUUUGCUGUCCUCUAAAAAGCAGUUCCUUGCUUCCUGGUACAUGUUUUUCUUUCAAUUGCCUUGCCUGCCAGAGUUCAUUAUAGAGAUGGGUGACUACAAAACACUAAGUAAAAGUUUUGGGGAAACAAAUAACUUUACUAAAGAAGAUGUGGAGGCGUACAAGUAUGCUUUGAGUCAGUCUGGAUGUAGCGGUCCCAUAAACUAUUACAGGGAAGCACUGUCAUCUGAUUUGCCUCGAGGUCACACCCGCACAAAGAUCAAGGCCCCGACCCUUGUGGUUUGGGGAACAGGAGAUAUCUAUCUUAUGAAAGAAACCUUGAUAGGAACAGAACAGUAUAGCACAAUAAAGAAACUAUAA